UGUUUUAUUCAUGUGCUACACAGACAUGGAAGUAAUGAAGCCUUUAAUUGAAGAACAGAAUUCAGACAGCAUCUCUGAUGAAGAGCAUGAAAGUGAAUUGUUGCCGGUUGAGAAGCAUUACCAACUUGAUAAUCAAGAGGGCAUUACAUUUGUACAAACACUUACACAUCUCCUCAAAGGAAACAUUGGAACUGGCCUUCUAGGACUUCCACUUGCAAUAAAAAAUGCAGGCGUUGUGAUUGGACCCAUCAGCCUUGUAUUUAUAGGAGUUGUAUCUGUUCAUUGUAUGCACAUCUUGGUACGUUGCAGCCACUGUCUUUGUCAGAGGUUGAAAAAGACCUCACUAGGGUAUAGUGACACAGUUAGCUUUGCCAUGGAAAUAGGGCCCCUGAACAUCCUUCAGAAACGAGCUUCCUGGGGAAGGCAUAUUGUUGACUUUUUUCUUGUGAUAACACAACUGGGAUUUUGCAGUGUAUAUAUAGUGUUCUUGGCAGAAAAUGUGAAACAAGUCCAUGAGGGAUUUUUGGAGAAUAGAACAAGUUCCAUGAAUGACACGGUUACUAGAAGUUUCUCUGAGAGAAGAUGUAUUGAUUUACGAAUAUACAUGCUGUGUUUUCUCCCAUUUAUUAUCCUUCUGGUCUUUAUUCGUGACCUGAAGAGCCUAUCUAUACUUUCAUUCCUUGCCAACAUUUCCAUGGCUGUCAGCCUGGUAAUUAUUUACCAGUAUAUUGUUCGAGAUAUAUCAGAUCCUCGAAAACUUCCUCCUGUGGUUGGUUGGAAGAAAUAUCCUCUCUUUUUUGGCACUGCCAUAUUUGCUUUUGAAGGAAUUGGUGUGGUUCUUCCACUGGAAAAUAGAAUGAAAGAAACCACACGUUUCCCACAAGCACUGAACAUCGGCAUGGGAAUUGUUAUGACCUUGUAUAUCUCACUAGCAACUCUAGGAUACCUACGCUUUGGGGAUGAAAUCAAAGGCAGCAUAACUUUAAAUCUGCCACAAGAUGUAUGGUUGUAUCAAUCAGUAAAAAUUCUGUACUCCUUCGGGAUUUUUGUGACGUAUUCAAUUCAGUACUACGUUCCAGCAGAGAUCAUCAUUCCAGCCAUCACCUCAAAAGUGCAGCAUAAAUGGAAGCUGUUAUGUGAACUAGUGGUGAGGAUUCUCUUAGUCUGCUCAACCUGCGCAGUAGCUAUCUUGAUCCCACGCUUGGACCUGGUGAUAUCUUUUGUUGGAGCUGUAAGCAGCAGCACGUUGGCGUUGAUUCUGCCACCUUUGGUUGAAAUCCUCACAUUUUACAAGGAAAACUUAAGUUCCUGGAUAAUAUGUAAGGACAUCUUUAUAGCUAUAAUUGGAAUAGUUGGAUUUUUAACAGGGACAUAUGUGACAGUUGAAGAGAUCAUUUAUCCUGCUUCUUCUACAGCCUUAGUUAACACCACAGAGAGUCUCUUUGACGGUUUGAACACUACAGGUUUGACAGGUAGUCUCAACUAGUAGUCAGACAGCCAAGAACCAUUUUGUUCCCAAUUGUGGGUUCUGACUGGGAGCAAAAGAUUGUGGAAGAGCCUGAAGACCUACACAUGGAACACACUGAAAUAAAUUGAAAAUUAGUUUUGGAACAAUAACACACAUUUCUUACUGUUCCUUUGCCCAUUUCAUCACUCCUUCAGACAUGAUCUUUGUAUUAAUGUCCUAUCUGUCUAGCCUUCUCUGCUGCAUCUGUUAAAUAAUAGGGCUGCUUAUGGGGCAGAGUUGUUUUUUUUUUUUUUUAAUUUAUAUAUUGUAAAGAAAACCAAAAUGUAAUCAGAAAAGCAAAAAGUCCUUCUGACUCGGAGAGAGUGAAAUGGCUGCACAGGUGGGUUUCACAGCACUUGCCUCUCACAAAAGCUCUGUUUUAAGGGCUGGAAUAGGAGUUAAUUGGUAUAUAGACUUUCAGUCCUCUAUGAAAGGAUGAAUUGCAGCCCAGUGAACUCUAGGUACCAUGUAUAUAGGAAGGGAUAGGUUUUACUGUUAUUAAUGAUUCCAGGGACCUGAGUUUUUUUUUACCUCUGAAAUCUGGAAGAGUAUUUGCUUACAAGGUCCUUCAGUAAUUGUAGGGGAUUAGUUCUGGUCACGGUGAGUUUGUACAUCUUGAAGCAAGGUGUUUUUGCAAAAUUACUGCAACUGUUCCUAUACUCUUUUCUUACUGGCUUCAGUGUGAGUUCUGCAACCAGGAAGGUUGCAGGAUCAGGCUUAGUAUGGCAGUUGAAUACCACCAGUGUUGUGAAGUCAUGUGCCAUUAGGCACAAGGCCAUUUUUUCAAUACACGGUAAAUCAGUAGCAAAUGUUGUAGCUGAAGCAUGUAGAAAAUAACAAAUUCCUUUAGGCAAAUCCUUCUCCGGUCCACUGCGCCUCGUGUUUUAGGAUCUGGCUUUUCCAGCUGCUCAGGUGUGGGUAUGGCCAGGCUCCAUUGAAGCGCCCUGUUGCCCUCACAGGGGAUCCAGGCUGACUCAGGAGUCCAACUAUCUGAAGCAGCUUUCAGGAUUUAGUGGAAAAAAUGCACACAUUUUAAGUACAUAUUUUUUUUUAAAAACUGUUUUAUCCUUCUUGGAAUUGAAAGGUAGUGUCAGAGAGUGUGUUGCAUAUCAAACAAUGUUACUGUCUUCAAUGAUUCAGAAAUAGCAGAUA